GCAUAUGAACUUGAUGAUCUUGUGUGCUUCCGACAAAUUUACGAGGAGGAGGGCGGCCUUAUUAACAAAUUCUAUCAUAUCAAUUUGACUGCAAAAACCAAAGGAGAUGAUGGUUUUCACAGUGGCGUCGACAAUCUAUUCUUUGGUGAAGUCACACGAAUAGAAGGCAAAAAUGAAGAAUACAUGCUCAAUUGUCUCUGUAUGGUCAAACCUAUUGACAAUGGUCGACGCUAAGGUUGUACCAAGUACGGGGAGUAUGAUUUGAAGCAUCCUGAUGAUGCUGAUAAAUACAAAGGUGGCCACUCUACCCCAUUCAUGCAAUGUCGUGGUAUGAAUCAUAUUCCUUUCUUGGACCCGGAUGUACCUGUAUACAUCCGGAGUAAGCAGGAUUGGUUGGAGGCGGAGAAGGCUAUGUUGGCGAAGAAGGAGGCUAAGAUAAGAUUUAUAUAUGAGUGCCCUGGUGAUUCUCCUAUUCAAGCAAAAUUGGAUGGUGCAAGAAUGCCUGCUGGUUUGGCCAAGGGAGGAGACGGUGCUGGUUUGGCCAAGGGAGGAGUGGAUGCUGGCUUGGCCAAGAGAGGAGAGGGUGCUGGCUUGGCCAAGAGAAAUGAUCACCAGGGAAGUGUGAAGUACAUUGUACCUGCUAGACGUGGGCUGACCGCAGACAACCUCGAACGCCGGGGAUGGCCUAAUCAAGGCACCUGCGCCUUGUGCAGUCUUGCUCCGGAAUCAUGCGGCCACCUCUUCGUGCACUGCUCCUUUACAGCGGAGGUUUGGCAGCGCUUCCGGACCUGGGUGGGUGUACCCUUUCCGACCCCUGCUGCCGACGACAAGGGUACGGAGGACUGGUGGCUUCGUGCGAGGAAUGCAGCCCCGGAACGGUUUAAGAGGGACUUUGAUGCGGUGGUGAUUCUGGUGUACUGGCGUCUCUGGAAGGAGCGUAAUGCUCGUAUCUUUGAUGGCAUCGCAUCGUCUCCGGACAGGGUGGUCGAAGCGAUCAUUGAGGAUCUGCGAUCCUGGCGUGAGGCAGGCUGCGUCGCCACCACCAUAGCCUUUUAGAUGGCGUGCUCGCGUUGUGCUUGUGCUGCAGCAACAGGUCUGAGUCAUGGCUUGCUUGCCUUGCCGGUAGGGGCUCUCUGUUUUAUGGCGUCCUGUGUUUCAGGCACUUGGCCUCGAGGCUUCGCUGUGGCAUUUGCCCUGUUUGUACACCUGGCGGCCAUCGCCGCUCUGUAACUGUUCUUUCUAAUCUUAAUAAAGAUCGGCUUCGGCCUUUCGAA